CUCUCUCUCUCUCUCUCUCUCUCUCUCUCUCGUCUUAAUGCCACUGAUCUCCUUAGUGGUCCGGUGUCUUUGUGAGGCGUAACAUCCACGGCAGAAUUUAUGUGGCACUAUUGGAGAUGCUUGCAAAUAAGAAGUUUUCAAACCUAUUCCUAGUGCUUUCAGCCACGAGCUUCGGCGCUUCUCAAAGCACGUUUUCUGCCGCGUCAGUUGGAAAUGGGCAUCAGCUGAGUUCCCACAAUGCCACCUCUAACGCACCUGUUGAAACCACAAGUACAAGAACGUCAUCAACCCCUACGGAUCUUAUUGAGGGGCUCAAUUCAUCUCCUGUUCAUCUGUUCCUGUGCGAUCAUCCUCCCAAUAAAUUUUCUCCCUUGUUCCUUGGACAGAGCAAAGACGAUUGUCAAUUUGAAGGUGGGGCUGUCAUGAAAGGCUCUUUCACAGAGACAAUGGUAGUUUGCUGGACAAUUUAUGAAGCUAUUCACAAGAAAACUGUUGUAAUCCAUGGCAGAAUACCUAUGGGCGGUAAUGGUACUUUAAUACUGCAUGCAGAUCCAGCUCUGUUGCAGAUCUGCUUACCACUGCAUGAAAGGUUUGAUUCCUGUGAGAAAAGAGACUACCUCACUAUCUGCUGGGAUGCAAGAGUAGCAUUCGUUCAUGACCUCCCGUGCCAACGUCCAUCGGAAAGCAACAUCGAUUUUGAGAUAAUGAUGGGCUCUUUCUUGUUGUGGAAUGAAACAGAGUGUUUCAGCCUUUUUUGCGAGGGACACAUCACGUUGCUCUCUAGGAAAGUGAAUGGGAUCCAGGUGGAGAUGGUAAACCCACUGAGCAAAGGCGAUGACAGCAGCUGUGACAUCCUUAACAAUGGCAUAAGGUUGACUCCGGGAGCUGCUAUAGACGAAAUAGUGUUAGUUACCAACUCCCACUGGCCUUGCUGCUACGGCCUCUACAUCAUCAUGUGGAUUGGCAACCCAGAAAAGAUUGGCCUCCGAGGUGACUGGGGAUACUUGCCCUUGUCUUGUCAGAUUGCGGAAGUUUUUCUGAUCAUCUUGGUGGCCAUUGUGGCUUUCAGUGGCUUUUUAGGCAAUCUAAUUAUCAUACUCGUUAUGAUCAGGAGCAAGCAUUGGUACGAGGAAUCGACAAUAUUCAGGGCUUCUUUAGCUGCGUCGGACUUUCUCAUAUCAGUAUUUGUAUCUAUCCCGUCGUUCUUUUAUCACAUAUCUCCCCUUGUGACCGAACCUAAUUACUACACUCGCGAUUUAACAAAAGUUAAUGUCGAGAACCAGACGCAUACGGAAAGUCACCAAAUCACCAGCAGUGCCUAUCGAUUUCACUUUGAGGGCAUCAUGCUUCUUCAAGGGCUGAUCUUCAGUGCAUGUCAUAUCAUCUCUUUAUUGUCCAUCUUUUUGCUAAGCUUAGAAAGAUAUCUGAUCACGUGGAGACCUCUGAAAUACAAAGCUUAUUCUAACCAUCGUCGUAUAAGAAUUCUUGUCUUCUUUGUUUGGGUUAUUGGUGUUCUAUAUGCAUUUUUGUUCUCUUUUGUAGAGGAAGGCUACGUACAAGUCGUGUAUCUGAACUUCGAGAAGCUCCCAAUAGCCUUUGAAGAGAAGUAUUCGGAAUGGGAUGGGUGGGGUGUGUUAAAAACGACGCAGUUCUGGAUGCUCUACGUCAUUGGGGCGUCCGUCACUUUGCUCUCCGUCCUGUCUAUCAGAAAUUUCCACGUCCAAAAGAUCAGAGUCGCCGCUGAAUGGAAAAACCUAAACAUGAAAGUACUCGGUCCUUACAGCGAAGAAAACCGUUACAUCACUAACACACUGAUCAUCAUGCUAUUUCUUUUUCUCUUGGCAACAGCACCCCGACUCGUGUACAUCGCUUUGUACAACGUCGGCUACUUCUCAAAGCAUGAGGUCCUGUUCGCUUACUUAUCCUGGUGGGCACUGAUGGCGGGAACUGCGUGGAACCCAUGGAUAUAUAAUUUCAGAAGUCGCCUCUUUAGAACUGAAGCCACGCGAAUCUUACUCCCGGCGGUGUUGAAAAGGAAACUAUAAAUUACGUUUAUCUUAGUUUAACCAGACCACUGAGCUGAUUAACAGCUAUCAUAGGGCUGGCCCAAAGGAUUAGAUAUUUUUACGUGGCCAGGAACCAACUGGUCACCUAGUAACGGGCUCUACAGCUUACUGUGGGAUCCGAACCACAUUAUAUCGAGAAAUGAAUUUCUAUCACCAGAAAUAAAUUCCUCUGAUUCCGCGUUGGCCAAGCCGAAAAUCGAAAUUCGGACCACCGUGCUGAUCAUGAGGCUUCAUCGUAGAAUGAAAUAAAAAAGAAUAAAAAAGAGCUGAAUGCCCCGCACUAACCAUAUGUGAAGGACAGUGUUCUCAGGAAAUGCUUAGGAUGAUAGGUAAAUCUAAGAAAACUGUGGGUCUUCUUUUCUAAAAACUCGUAAGGUAAAACGACUAAGGUUGAAAUGUUGAGCUGAAAAUUGUGGGACUAAAGAUCUAUAAGAACUAAGCUUAGAAUUAACUUCAUAAUGAAUUGUAUGUUUCUGCAAAUACAUUAAAUAAAUAUGUUGCUUAUUAAUAAUAAUGUUAUAUUUAAAAAAGUGUGAAAUAAUAAACCUAUUUCCAUAAGUUUUGUAUGAAAUGUAAAAUUUACAUAAAUUCAUGUUGUGGAUGAAAACCUUAAAAUAUGUUUACUGAUAAGAACAUAUCCAUUUUCGAAUACUUGUGUGUUUACUGCUAAUUGUUUGAAACAAAAUAUUAUAAUAGUAUGUGUGUGUAUACAUAGAUACAUACAUGCAUAUAUAUAUAUA